AUGGGAAAGACAGAGCUGUAUUCUCUGUAUAAGGGUUUUUUGGACUGUAUUUGCCUCUGCCUCUCUCGGAGCAGCGGGGAGGCUGCAGACGACAACGAGAGGGACACAGAGAACGGUCACCUGAUCUACAAAAAGGGGGACGUCCUCGAAGACAGGUAUGAGAUCGUCGACACUUUAGGUGAGGGGACUUUUGGGAAGGUGGUACAAUGUUUGGACCACGGCAGAGGAAGACGUCAAAUUGCUGUGAAGAUCAUUAAGAACCUGGAGAAAUACAGGGAAGCAGCCAAACUGGAAAUCAAUGUGCUGGAGAAGAUCAUUGAGAAAGACCCACACAACAAGCAGCACUGUGUAAAGAUGCUGGACUGGUUUAACUACUACGGCCAUGUGUGCAUCUCAUUUGAGUUGCUGUCUCUCAGCACCUUUGACUUCUUGAAAGCAAACAACUUCCUGCCUUAUCCCAUUAUCCAGAUCCGACACAUGGCCCACCAGAUCUGCCAUGCUGUCAGCUUUCUCCAUGACAACAAGCUGACUCACACCGACCUGAAGCCUGAGAACAUCCUCUUUGUCAACUCAGACUACUCCCUCAUAUACAACGCAGAGAAGAAGUGCAAUGAGCGGAGAAUAAACGACACAACAGUGCAACUUGUUGACUUUGGCAGUGCCACCUUUGACCAUGAACACCACUCAGCCGUCAUCUCUACACGUCACUACCGAGCACCAGAGGUCAUUCUGGAGCUGGGUUGGAGUCACCCUUGUGAUGUCUGGAGUAUCGGCUGCAUCCUGUUUGAAUACUACGAAGGCUUCACACUGUUCCAGACUCAUGACAAUAAGGAGCAUCUUGCUAUGAUGGAGAGAAUACAGGGACCAAUUCCUCAGAGAAUGAUCCAGAGGAGCAGGAAGAACAAGUAUUUCCACCGUGGGCGUCUAGACUGGAACGAGUGCUCCAAGGCCGGACGCUACGUGAAAGCCAAAUGCAAACCACUAAGGAAGCACUGCAUGUCACAUGGGACAGAACACCACCAGUUUUUCGAUCUCCUGGAGAAGAUGCUGGAGUACGAGCCUUCAAAACGCAUUUCUCUUUCCUCUGCUCUGCGCCACCCCUUCUUCCUGCCCCUUGUGCAGCCAGGAAGGAGUCAAGUCUGGAGGAACAGCUGUGAUAUGAGCAGAUGA